CUAUCGUACUAUAUCAGUUUUAACAAUCUGUUUUGCAAAGAUAUAAAACAAUUGAAAAAUCUAUACUUGCAGGAACACAAACAUUUAUUUAUUUAUUUGAAAGGAAGAAUGACAGAGAGUGAAGGAGAGACAGGGAUAGAGAGAGACAGAGAUCUUCCACCCACUGCUUUUUUCCAGAAUUGGCUACAACAGCCAAGGUUGUGCCAGGCUGAAGCCAGGAGCUAGGGAUUCCAUCCAGGUCUCCAGCUGAGUGGCCAGGGUCCAAGCACUUGGUCCAUAGUCUGCUGCUUUCCCUGGCACAUGAGCAGAGAGUUAGAUAGAAAGCAGAAUAGCCGGGAUUCAAACCAGCACUCCAGUAUGGGAUGCUAAUGUCACAAGCCAUGGCUUAACCUACUGUACCACAGUGUUGGUCCCAGCUUCUUCAUCUCCUGUUUGUUGUAUAGAAUAAUACGAUAAAACAAUUCAUCAUUGGAAAUUAUCUUAAACAUUGAAUGCAAUUUUCUAAUCAUCAUAACAGGAAAAUAUGUGUUUGACAAGUGUUUAUACUCAUUUUAGAGACUUUGAGGUUACUGGUCUCCUUCAGGUGAAGAAAUUGAGACCCAGAGAGACAUAGUAAAUAAGUUAAUAGCAGUUCUUCAACAUUUACUUAAGUUGAAGUUGUGCUAUUAACUUACUUACUAUGUCAGCAACAUUUAUGCCCAUAUCAUCUUGCAGUUAAGUAUCUGUUGUAUUAAUCACUAUUUGAUACCAACAGUUUUGGAAUACCAAGAUAGACCAAUAGGGAAAGAUGUGCUUUUUAUGGCCAUGUGAAGAUAAUAGAAGAAAAGCAGAGGCAGUGUAUUUCCAGGGCAGAGUUACAGUGAAGUUUGCAGUGGAAAAGAGAUGCCAUGGAGCAGCAUGGGCAGUACAAACAUGCAGCAGCAAGCAGAGAGACCACCUGCAACCCCCUCAGCCCGGGACUGGAGGAGACACCAGCUGCUCAAAGUGAGAUGUGUAAAUUAUAAUGAACAACAACCCAACAGCUGGUAUGUCUGGUUUCUGCUUCUGAUUUUCUUGGUGGCUCUUCUCUGUGGAGUGGUGCUCUACUGCUUCCAGUGCUGGCUGAAGAGACUCCGGAUUGAUUCCUCAAGACGCACUAUGGCCGUGUUUGCUGUUGGAGACUUGGACCCCACUUAUGGGACAGAAGCCUCCGUGAAUCCAACUGUUGGAAUUCACCUUCACACUCAAAGCCCUGAACUGUAUCGUGUUCCAUGUUUUGGUGCUUUGGGCCCCCCUCCACCAUAUGAAGAAACUCUAAAAACAAGCCAAUUUUAAUUCUGAAUCAUCAAUGCAAAGUAUUAAAAUAUUUAUAAUUUAAUUCCCAAACAUCAAAUCUAGUAAGAAUUUCCAGAGACAGAGAUAGAUCUUCCAUUCCCUGAUUCACUCCCCAAAUGCCUACCACAUUUAGGGUUAAGCCAGGCCAAAUCCAGGAGCAUGGAACUUAGCAUCUGAGUGAAGGAACUGAAGUACCUGAGCCUUCAUCUACAGCCACCCAUAUUGCAUGCUAGCAGGAAGCUGUUUCAGAGUGGAAUAGCCCGUACUCAGACCAGGCACUCUGACAUGGAAUAAGGGCAUCCAAAGCAAUAAUUUAAGUUGCUGUGCCAAAUAUUGACCCUGUAUUAAUAUUUUUAAUGUGGGUUAUUCCUUUUGUCAAACUAGGCAGAAGGAAAAUGUAUUCAAGGGAAGAUAAUUUUUUUUGACAGGUGGAGUGGACAGUGAGAGAGAGAGAGAAAGACAGAGAGAAAGGUCUUCCUUUCUUCCUUUUUUUUUUUUUUUUUUUUCUGUUGGUUCAC